CCGUCCUCUCCUGGAGUGCACCUAGGGCUAGGGAUAAUGGAGCAGAAUAGGAAUAAUGGUCCCUUGGAACGGGACCGAGGCACGGACAAAUCAAGACCACCUUCAUCAAGCCCUUCCAGUAUUGUUCGCCGGACUUCCUCACUGGACACACUGGCUGCUCCAUACCUUGCUGGACAGUGGCCUCGUGAUAAUCAUGGACAAGCUGCUCCAUGUAUGAGAGACAAAGCCACACAGACAGAAAGUGCCUGGGCUGAAGAAUAUUUAGAAAAGAAGAGAAGCUCACACAAACGUUCAUCAUCAUGGGGCAGCAAUGAACAGCUCAAGGAGAUUGCAAAAUUGCGUCAACAACUGCAGAGGAGCAAACACAGCAGUCGGCACCACCGUGAUAAGGAGAGACAGUCUCCAUUUCAUGGCAACCAUGCUGCCAUUAACCACAGUCAGGCUCCCAUUCCAAAGAGUGCUCUCGUUCCUGUGAUACCUAUUACCAAAUCAACAGGAUCACGAUUCCGAAACAGUGUAGAAGGACUGAAUCAGGAGAUUGAGAUAAUAAUUAAGGAGACGGGAGACAAGGAGGAACAACUCGUUCCUCAAGAUAUCCCAGAUGGGCACCGUGCACCACCCCCGGUGGUUCAGCGCAGCAGCAGCACUCGGAGCAUCGAUACCCAAACGCCCGGGGGAGCAGACAAGGGCAGUAACAACAGCAGCCGCUCCCAGUCAGUGUCUCCAACCUCCUUCCUUACCAUCUGUAAUGAAAGCAGUGAAGAAAGUCCCUGUUCUACAGAUGAUCUUCUUGGUGACUCCAGAGAUAAAGAGAAUGGGAAUAAUUCUCCUUUGCCAAAAUACGCUACCUCACCAAAACCCAACAACAGCUACAUGUUCAAGCGUGAACCUCCCGAGGGCUGUGAAAAGGUGAAAGUCUUUGAGGAAAACUUGCCAAAGCCAUUGCAUGAAAUUCCAGCCUUCUAUUGCCCUGACAAGAACAAAGUGAAUUUCAUUCCGAAAAGUGGCUCUGCUUUCUGUCUUGUCAGCAUCCUCAAGCCACUUCUUCCCACACAGGAUCUCACACUUAAGGGCACUACACACAGCCUGACUGUCUCCUCCAGCAUGACGCCUGGUUUGUUACAGCCCAUUUCCAUGGCCACCUUGACUACAAACACAGAUCAAGACAGGAUCUCUCGUGGAACAAGCACAGUAAUACCACAGUCCUCUCUGCUCCAGCCGUCCGGAUGUAUUGAGGAAGCUGAAGAAUAGGGAAGGUUCUUUUAUACUUGGCUGGUUUACAGCUGAUGGGACCAAAGGAUUGCUGAAUUACUUCUGCAGUCUCAAAUUAUGUGACCUUGCUGAACAGCCUCAGCUCUAAACAAAAUGAGACAAGUUAAUACGUUUGAAACUUUUAAAACAGAAGAGUAUGCAAAAAAAAAAGGUGUUAGUAUAUAGUGUACAUUUUUUUGAUAUUGAAAAUUUGUGCUUCUGGUAAGUCACAUUCUUAAAACACCUUCCUUCACAGAAUUCCUACUACUGUUGGCUUAUUGACUGGAAAAUUGCAUUUUAAAGCACUUGCCCCAGUAUUGUUCUAUUUGUUCAUAGAAUUUUUGUGCAGAGGUAGGGAAAAAAGAUAUUGUCCUCUUACUUGGUAUUCUUUCUUCCAGAAAAUACUUGGCUCUUACAGGCUUGCUUGACUACUUACGAAGUUAGUCAGCCUGAAUCAUUAAUCACUCUUGGUACAAAUUUGCUCUGACGUGACUCAUCACUGUAUUAUAGACCCUGGCCACAUAGUACUGAAAUACCUGUGCAUGGUUUCCUCCCUGUUGUCAUAGUGGUGUUAGUGUGUCCGUGGAAGGUGAUGGUUUGUCAGGCAUGAUAUCUGUUAUGCAGAAGUUUACAGCAGCAGAUACAUUCUCCCUUUUUGACUAGCAACUUAGGUUGGCAUGUAAAACAGAGGGGGGUUUUUUUUGAUACUUGGUCU